AUGAAGACAUUUUGUAGAGGAAUCUUGAGCACUCCGAAGUUACAGAAAAUCAGUUAUGAGGGAAUGGAAGUAGAGAAUAAGGGGAAUGAUCUUAAUAAAGCCAUACAAGGAUUAUAUAAAAAGAAAAACCAAGACAUCUCCCUUGAUUUGAAGUUGUUGACAUUGAAAGAUGUUAAUUCUACAAAGAUUUGCUACAACCGACAUCCAACUUCCUUCUACCAAAAUUUGACUCACUUAAUUUUGUGGAAAUGCGGAAACAUAAAAUAUGUAUUUCCAUCUUCCAUUGCCAAAAGCCUCCACCAACUCCAACAACUAAAGAUUCAAAAUUGCAAGGUUUUAGAGGAGAUUGUUGCAAAAGAAGGAGCAAGUGCAGUUGUUGAUUUUGUCUUUCCAAAUAUAACCUUAUUGAAGCUUGAAGAUCUACCAAAACUUACAGUCUUCUACCCUGGAAUAUAUACUUUGGAAAUGCCGAAGUUGAAAGAGUUGGAGGUGAGGUAUUGCACCAAAUACUUGAGCUUCACAGAAAACAAUGCGGAGACUGAGUGUGCUACUUUAGAUCCAAAAUCUAUCUUCUUGAACAAUGUGAUUAACUUCAAUUUGGAGGUAUUUAAGUUAUAUGAUGGUGUGACAAAUAUUUGUUGGCAAAGUCAAUUUGAAACUCUUAGAAUCGAUAAGGAUACCUCUACAAAUAUUCCACUUCGACUCCUUCAAAGAUUUGAAAAUGUGAGAGAGCUCCGACUAGUUUCCAAUCAAUACAAAGACAUUAAGAGCCCAUAUGAUCUUCUGAAUCUUGAAGAUUUGUAUGUAUAUUUCCAUAACAGAUUGACAAGUUUAGUGCCAUUCUUAGUUUUUUCCCAGAAUCUUAAAGUUCUGACAGUGAGUUCAUGCAACAGAUUAAUGAAGUUAAUUACACCUUUAGUGGCUAAAAGUUUGGUGCAGUUGAGAGAAUUGAGCAUAUCAAGUUGUGAGAUGCUUACUGAAAUAGUAGAAAUUGAGGGAGAUGCAACAAAUACUGGAAUUGCAUUUGACAAUUUGAGCAAGUUGUCACUUAAACAUUUAGAAAGUCUCACAUGCUUUUGCUCUAGGAAUUACUCCAUUAAUUUUCCAUCUUUGGAAGAGGUAAUUAUAAAUGAAUGCCCCAAUAUGAAGACUUUCUCUCAAGGAACUUUAAGCACACCAAAGCUCCACAAUGUCAAAUAUCAUUGGAAAUGGGUAGACACCGGGGAGAAUAACUUGAACACAAUUAUACAACAAAAACACAAAAAUGAGGUUGGCUCCUUUUGGAAGAAAAUGACAUUAAGUGGAAGAGAUAUCAUGACAAUUUUGCAAGGAGAGUUUCAAGAGAACUUUGUCGAAAUAGAAACUCUUCAAUUGAUUAAGGAUGAUUAUGCAUAUAUACCCAUUCAUAUAUUUAAGAAAUUUAUCAAUCUUGAAAAACUCAUAUUGAAAGUGAGUUCAUACGAAGAAAUAUUUUCAAAUAAAGAAGGUGAGGAACAUGUUGAAACACUCUCAAAAUUAAAGGAUCUAAUAUUGCAGGGACUUUCUAAUUUGAACUGCAUUUGGAAACAAAACUUUCAGUUCAAAUCAAUCCUUCAAAAUCUUCAUUCUUUAAAUGUUACAUAUUGUGACAGUUUGAUGACUCUGUUGCCACCUUCCUCAACUUUUAAAAGUCUGACGAUUUUGGCGGUAAAGCAUUGUAAUGGAAUGCAAAACUUAAUGACAUCUUCAACAGCUAAAAGUCUGAUUGUUCAAAGUUAUGGGAAAGAUUUCCAUCCCCAUGGCAGCAAACUGCAUACUCGUAUGAUGAGUUUGCCAAGUUUGACUAAAUCUGUUCAGCACGGUCAGCAAAUUGGUGCCAAAAGACUUCAAUACAUUGUGAGCAGAUUAGAAGUUGAAAUUGAUGUCAUUUUUUUGACAGGUGGAUAUAAUGUGAUCCAGUAA